AUGCCGCCCCGUCCGCCGCCUCCCGUCUGCGGAGCGCAGCCCGGCGGCUCCGUGACCUGCUCAAACCCCCAGCGACGUGUCUACCAGAAGCACGACAGUGAACGGAGCCUCUCCUGCGUUUGGGAUGGACAAGUUGACCUGAGGUAUUCCAGGAUGCCGGAAGGGACACCAGAGAUCGAGAGAGGAGAACCAGAUCCCCAACUUUCUCCUCCCCCUCCCUCCCCUCCUCCUCAUUGUCAGUGGUACCAAGGCACCUCCUUGGUCAUGCAAACCAAUGAGUGGUCAGGUCAGCUUGUGUUGAGCAAAGGCCCGGAUGGAGAAAAGUCCUACUCACCCCGGGCCCUGACUCGAAUUGUGAUGCAGUGUGUGUCAGCCCUGUGCGGUCAGCCUCCCUGCGCUCACCACAACUUCAGCAUUGAAAUUUCCAGGCAGGAUGUCCACCUCUUCCUCCUGUCGCCACAGAGCCUUCCUGUUUGGGAAUGGCAGCCCGUGACCUUCGGCUGGUGUGCACGCCUUAAAAGUUCCCUCUGGAGCUACCGCUUGAAGAGUGAAGGGGGGAGUCCUGCAGAGCGCCUCAUUCCCAGCAAUCAACACAGUGAACCCUUUGCCUCCACUCAAGGCCUCCGCGCACCGUUGCUCCAUGUCUGUGAAGACUACUAUCACUACCACGUCACCGUGCGUUACCCCCAGCGUGGAUUCUAUACAGUUUUGCUGCACCUAGAGGACGGGCCUCCGCUCAGCCUCAGCCUGAGCAUCCACGUGCAGCCUGCUCUCCUCCAUGUCUUCAGUGCUGCUUCUGGCCUGCUUAGCCGAACCCAGAGGCCUCUCGCCCUCUCGUGGAGCCUCCAGCCUCUGAGCUCCAGUAUAGCAGCCUACACACUGGAGGACCUGCAGGGACUGGAGGAAUGGUCUCUCUCCCACAGAUACAAUCCUUUUGCUCUACAAAGCAAUUUCUGUGCUCCGUCCACCUCUCAAGCUUCUGGGAAGAAGGUGAUCUCCAGAAUCUACUUCCGCACCAAUAAAACAUUCUCUGAGAAGCUGAGAGGACACUUCAAUUUCUCCAAUGACACUCUAAUUUUCCAAGGAAGCGGUGCCGCCCCGAUUUCCAUCAGGCUGAACCCACAGAAAAUCAAAGUAGGGACGUACAUUUUUAGCCAGGAGCAUGGGCUCUCGUAUUCCACCCAAGAAGGCAGUGGGCCCUCCAGUCUCCACCACCUCUUUUUCCAACAAGUGACCCUUUCUACCCUGAUUGCUAUUGAAUUUGUGAAGACACAAGGGUUCCAGUUCAGCGUGCACUUGUACCUGAACCGAAAGGAGAGUCUCUUCAAAUCCUUAGGUGAGAAAGAAAUUGAAGUUCACGUUUUUAACGGACAUUCUCCCGAUAAAAACUUUGCCUAUGUUGUGUGGUUCAUUCCUGUGCCACACCCCCACUUGCAGUGUGACUGGGCUUUCCACCUGCAGCUUUUUCAUUCCAGAAGGGAACACCUUCUUUGGAAUAAAACGUACACAUACAGGGACCGUGUUAAAGAUGUCGCUCGUUUUCUUCCUCAUUCUGUCUUCUCUUUCAGACCCACGCAGUACGCAGGCUUCGUAGCAGAAGUGAAUUGCAGGCAAAAUGGACUUGUACGGGCUGUUUUAAAAGCCACUCUGGGGACUUAUGCUUUGAGGGUGUUGGAGCCAGCUGUGCCCUGCCAAAAAAGCUACUGCCGUAAACUGACCAUUGUAAUCCAUAAACCCAGCCCUUUGGAUCCUGUGUUGCGUUACAGGAGAGAGAAAGCCAUCACUUUGCAAGCAACAGCCGAAGUGAAAUGUAGGACCCGUCCAGAUCCAGAUUUCCUUUGGAAAAUAUACAAGCUCAGCACUGCAUGGUCCACUCCAGAUUGGCCAAACCCUCUCGCACUCCCUGAAGGGAUUAAUACAAGCGGUGUGGUGUUGCACAUACCCGGAAAUGCCCUGUUGUAUGGCUUCUAUCGUGUCAAUUUGACCAUGAGCGUGUAUCUACCUGAAGAAAAUAUAACAUUCAUUCAGUCUGAUUCGGUUUUCCUCCAGAUUCUAGAAAGUGGGUUAAGGGCAGUCAUAGCUGGAGGCCUGUCCCGGAUCGUUGGCAUUUCUGAUCAGUGGUCCUUGGAUGGGUCCAUAUCCUCAGAUCCUGAUUCGACUGAGCCUCUGGAAGGAAUUCUGUUUCACUGGUUCUGCAGCAAACGGGAAUUAGACUAUUCUGCUAUGAAGUUAAGUCCAGGUCAGAAAUGCCACUCUAGGCAACGUGAUCUGUCCUGGACCCGCUCAAAAGAGCCGGUGCAGGUCGUGGAAGUGAAGACCCUCCAGGAAAACACAACAUAUUAUUUUAAGCUGGUCACCACCAAGCAAAACCAAUCUGCACACGCGUUUCAAGCAGUUCACGUCCUCGCUGGUUCUGGGCCUGUCCUGCGCAUCGCCUGUCUGGAAAACUGCGAGAAAGCCAUCAAAGCCACGGAAAGAUUGAUUCUGUAUGGAAAGUGUCUGAACUGUGAAAAGGCCCGCUUGGUUUACUUUUGGAGCCUCCUUUCAGCAGAUUCCAAGGAAAUAUAUUUUGACUGGGCUUCUAAAACAACCACUGGGAGAACAAGUCCAUAUUUGCAUAUAAAUUCUUUGGCCUUUGGAUCCAUGGCUGGCCAGUUGUACAUCCUUAAACUGAAAGUGGGUGUGCAAGGAGUCCAGCUGGCUGUGUGUGGCUAUUCCUUCUAUGUCCACGUCCCCCCUCAGAUUGGAAAAUGUUUUAUCGAACCAAGGGAAGGCAUUGCGCUGAUGACCAAAUUCAGUCUCCAGUGCUCUGGAUUUGAUGACAAGAAGGGACCUCUCCUUUACAGAGUCAUCGCCCGUCCUGAUCUAACCCAAAUAGCUAACGUAUCAUCUUUGCAAAACAAUACAUUUGGAACCAUAGUUUAUCUUGGGCAUCAGCAGAACACCCCGCCCUCGUUUCUUCCCAGCGGUAUACCGUCUGAAAAAUAUGCUCUGGAUAUACUUGUUCAAGUUUACGACACCAAUGAUGCCUUUUCUCAGGUCAGCUUGCAGGCAACGGUAUACGAAGCAAGGACCAGUCAGCCAACGGAUGUGGUUCUCAAUGAACUGUAUCGCCUCAUCAGACAGCCCAAUAGCUCUCUCUCUGCCUUCCUUGACACCGAAGAUUACUUUCACACGGGCUUCCUUAUCUAUAUGGUGGCUUCUGAAUUAAAUAGCAUUGAGCCGUUGCCUGGUUUUUACCAUUCUAAAACUGAACUACGAGAAAUGCUACUAAACGAAUCUUCGCGGAUUCCCAUGACCGAGACAGGGAUACUAAACCAAAUAAUCUCCAGCAUUUGUCAAAUAACGCAGAAUGCAAAUGAAGUCCAUAGGAAAUCCCAGCGGUCCGCGGUCCGAAUCCUCCAAAAGACCAUCGAAGCUCUGAAAAGGCACAGGGACACCGAUCUCGGCUCUAAAGAAGCCGAGGUCCUUGCCGGUGGCAUUUUUACCGGGCUGUCCAAUGUGUUAAGAGCUUCCCUCUUAAACCCCGGGAAUGGGUCUGUGAACACCAUCAAGGAAAUAAUCUCCGUGUCAGAAUUAUUGGCAGAUAUAGUUUUACAAGGCAAAGUCCCUGGAGAAGAUCACGUUAAUAUGGAAGCCAAAGGCUGGUCCAUCCAUUUGUGGAAAGAUGAAAAGUGGGACGUUUCUGGGACUCUCACUGGGAGAAGAUCUUGUAAGAAUUGUUCUUAUCCUAAAGUGAAGUUGGAAAGCCAGGCGGAGUUACCAGAAGAUACUCCGAUUUCCAUGGUUCAUUAUGUAUUUGAGGAGAAUCCUUUCCCUUGGCUGAUGAAGGCAGUAGACAACCGCACAGUCGUGAUGGGGUUCAAAGUGGCUGGUGCCAAAGCAAACGGGGACAUCGUUGGGGUCAUCCCUAAAGUGGCCGAAGUGAUCAUGGAUAGAAUGGAUAAGGAUCCUGUCGCAUUUAAUCUGACGAUAGGGCUGGAUAAAAAGCGUGUUGUAACAGCUGGUGGGUUUAGCAUAGAAGUGCAUAGAAACUCUCCAGACAUUUAUGUCCAGAUUUUGUGCCAUAGGAACAUUACUUUCAAUGUCUCCAUUUACUUGGGACUCAAUUUUAGCUACCCCCCGGUUGUGUCUUACACUGCUUUCUCUGACAAGCCUCCUACCCCGCAGAAAAGGGGGACUAAUAGCGAAUGUGCAAUUAAGGCUCCAUAUGUCAUUUGCCUUCCACGAGCCUUGCUGUGGUCUCAGGUCCUAGCCAGAGCUGCAAGUAAGUGGAACGUUUCCGUGGUCCUAAGAGCUCCACCCUUGGUGAGAAGGCAGACCACCAAGGUAGUUCGCCUUGUGGUUUUUACUGCAAGCUGCCGAGAUCUGGGUCACCUUCCAAACUUUGAACCCUCCGGAGAGACCUGCCAGCUUGGCCCUCGGACCAGAUUGUCCAAACUCCACUGUGUCUGUGGAGCAAACCCCAAGAAGGCUCAGCGCCAGUUAUCAAAGCCGCCUAAACCUGAAGUCAGAUUUGUGGGUGGCACCUUUGUUAUUUAUCCCAAUCCUUUGGACAUCAAGAAAGUACUCUUAGCAGAUUUUGACACAAAUCCAGUGACGGUUUUGACUGUUUUUUUCAUUUUUGCCGGCUACAUCUUCUGUUCAUCCUGGGCCAUAAUUAGAGAUAAAGAUGACAUGAGGAGAAAGAACAAAAUCUUUGUCUUGCCAGAUAAUGACCCUUAUCACAGGAUGCACUAUCUGGUCACCAUCUAUACCGGAAGUCGCUUGGGAUCCGGAACCACGGCGGAUGUUUUUCUUGAACUGGUUGGGAAGGAUGGCUACAGCGACAUCCAUCGUAUGAAGCACCCCAAAUUCCCAACCCAGUAUCGUGCAGCUGUUGAUACUUUUCUUUUAAGUACAAGGUAUGACAUAGGGGAUAUUUAUUGCCUUCACAUCUGGCACAAUAACGUUGGUUCUUCCCCAAACUGGUACUUAAGCAGAGUCAAGGUAUUUAACGUGGACACUCAAAAAUCGUGGCUGUUCAUAUGUAGGCAGUGGCUAGGCCUCGGCAAGGCGGAUGGCAAAAUAGAGAGAUACAUUUUUUCUUCAAAUCUGAAAUCAAGGUUAGAGAAAAUGGAUUUCUUUUUGAUAAGCCUGGCUAGAGACUUAGAAGAUAAUCAUCUCUGGCUUUCCAUAUUUUCUCAAGUGGUCACUGGUAGUUUCAACAGGGUGCAAAGAGUGUCUUGUUGCCUGGCUAUCAUGCUUUCAACUUUGCUCCUGAACAUCAUGUUCUUCAGUGGUCAGGAAGAAGAAGGAGUCAUCUCACUAAAAUUCCGGAUUAUAAGGUCCAUGUAUAUCGGGUUCUUCAGUGCUCUGUGUUGUGUUCCUUUACAGGUGACCAUGACUGUCUUGUUUAGAUACUCCCAGGACAAGCCUUCCGACGACAAGGAUGAUAUGGUGCCUGACUACAGUCCCUCAUCCUCAGAAACAAGUGAGGAAGGCGAUGAGAGCUCCUCCUCGUCUACUACUGAUGAAGAGGAUGAGACCAAAGUAGGGGGAAGCUCAGCUAAUGUCCCAGAAAAGGAGCCCCUUAAAAUUAGUACCAAAAAAAGGUUGAUUACGCUGAUCAAGGUGUUCACUCGAAAGCCACAGUUUGCUUGGUGGUGGAGAUACGUCGCCUGGGUCAUUGUUUUUUUCAUGUCUUUCGUCUCCGCCGUGUUCAUCAUCUUGUAUGGCCUCACCUACGGCUACAGCGCCUCCACAGAAUGGUUCAUAGCGUCCAUGACGUCAUUUUUUGAGAGCGUCUUUCUGCUGCAAACCCUAAAGAUGGUCCUCAUCUCCGGGGUGAGCACCAUUAGCCUGAAGUACUGCAAGAACAUCUCCUGGAUAUCGUCAGAGCAAUACCAGAAGAUGAAGCUGCUCAGAGUGAACAUCGAUCCCAGGGACGUCCGAAAGAUCCACCACGAACUGACGAGGAUUAGGCAGAGCAGGGAAUAUGAGCCUUUGGAGGAGGACGAAGUCGUCAUCUUAAGGAAAAAAGUACGAGCACAACACCUAGCAUUUGUUUUCAUAAAGGACAUCAUUUGUCAUCUCAUCUUUGCCUCUUGUGUUUUAACUGUGGCUUACUCUACUGUGCCCACCGUUUCAUUUUAUCACAAUAAAGUGAUCCAUGAUAAAUUUUCCCUUGGUCUGUCCAAAGUAACAAAGCUCGAGGACAUUUACGUUUGGAUGAGUGACACUUUUGUACCAUUGAUACACAAUGUCUAUCAGCCCACCUACCUUUCAGACUCCUGGUCCAAAAUCCUUGGUUUGCCCAGAAUGAGGCAGGUGAGAGGACUGCAUCUUGAAAUGCCAUGUUUUCCUCCAGGCCACUUUGCAAACAAUUACCUGAUUGGCCAAAAACCCUGUCACUAUGAUUUUGCUGAUGACCCAGAAGAUCAAAAGCACUACCUUGGGUCAUGGGCCAACCCAAUCAAGAAGUCCGUCUCCAGUCACAUUGCCAAUUUUCAAGGGUUCACGUAUCAGUCAGAUAUUGACCAAUGGGAGUAUAAAUCUUAUGGCAUGGUUAAUUCAUAUGGCCCAGGAGGAUAUUCAUUUUAUUUUUUUCCAGGAGAACAACGACCGAAUACAACAAUAAGAUUGGAAGAUCUGCAAAGCAACACGUGGCUUGAUAAACGGACCCGGGCUCUAAUUUUUGAGCUGACAACCUUUACUCCAGAUGUGGAGCUGUACUGCAGUGUCACCGUCAUUUUUGAGUCUACCAACGUGGGCAUUAUUAGUUCAACUUUGUCAGUUCAUUCGUAUAAGCUCUCUAAAUUCCAGUAUGAAACCACAUCUCGGAUGGUGGUUUAUGGAAUCAUGAUCUACAUUCUUGUGUUCUACUUAGCGGAUGAAUUUCAUAUGUUACGUCAGGAAAGGAUAGGUUAUCUCCAAACAGCGACAAAUUUAAAUAAUUUUGCCAUAAAGACUAUCUGUAUGUUUUUUAUAUUACUCAUUGCCCUGAAAUUCAAGAUGGCAUUUACCUUGCUGGAGUUUUAUCUGCUUAAUCCAGAAGAAUUUGUCCCCUUCCAGGUUGUAUCUCAAAUUGACCAACUCUACAGGAUGGUGGCAGGCAUUUUAGGUUUCCUCCUGGUGCUGAAACCCUACCGAUAUUUCAGGUUCUUGUACAAAGUGCGUCUUGCAGAACAAACCAUGUCAGCAGUUUUCCCCGUGUUCCUUCAUUUGACAGGCCUCGCCAUUCUGCUCUUUUUCACCUUCGUGUCCUUUGGCUAUCUCAUAUUUGGUCAGUAUGAGUGGACGUUCUGUACUUGGCUUUACUCUCUGCAGACCGUCGUUUCCUACUGCUUUUCAGGAUUCAGGCAGAUGGAUGUUGCAUCGAGAUGGUGGCUUACAAUAUUUUUCCGAGCUUCAUUUCUAUUUGCAAUGAUGUUCAUCUUCGUCAAUUUAUGGAGAAGUCUGUUAAUAUCAACUUACUCAUCCAUGAAACAGACCGUCUACGAGCAACAUUCGGAUGAGGCGGAAGCCAUAAACUUUUUGUAUUUGAAGUUGAGAAGCGUAUGGCGUAAUUUAACCCGCCAGCCGGACACUGGAGAGGAUCAAGCCAAUGUUACCAUCUUCGGGAAAUCGGUAGUUAAGGGUGCUCAACAGCCGGGGCUGAAAUACAGUAAAAUAGAAGGCAAGAAAAUGGUUUUUCUUACCGUUUGA